AUAAAAAGGACAAAUCUGUUGAAAACUGGUUAACUUUGAUUUAUGAGUCCUCAUUAGAAAGCUCAGAUGAUAAUACAAGCAUUAGUAGUAGCGAUAAAGACAGUAUACCAUCAGGUGGAAACAGGAAACAAUAG